CCGGACGCGUCGAGUCCACAAGAUGGCGGCGGAGACUAGCGCGGGAAGGCGGCAGCUACGACAGCGGAAGGGAGGGAGGCUGCGGGGGCUCUCGCGAGACAGCCGGGAGGACGUGUGCGCGUGCGCAGGGAGAAGCGAGGGCGGGGGGUGCCCUCGCAAUGGCCCUGAGCGGCGUUGCCUAGGAACCGAGUGCGUGCAGGUGUUGCCAAGGGAACGCAGGCGCCUCCUUCUGCCUUUGGGCUCCGGCUGCCGCUGCCGCUCACUUGCACGCUUGCUCGUUGGUUUGCUCGUUUGCUCGGAGCCCCACCUCCCCCCCGCGUUGGCUUCCUGGCCUUCAGGCCGCACCCCCCCGCCCAAGAUGCCCUUGAGGUCUAGCAAUGUGGUGCAGCCCCAGGACUACAAAGAAGCGGCUUCCCUGGAAAAGAAGAGGCAGGCAGAGCUGCAGCUGCAGAGCCGCUGGUUCAACACCCGGGAGCUACUGAUCGGGGGAGAUCAUAAUGCCUGGGCUGCGCAGGUUCACGAUCGGAAGAUUCAAGAAGCCACCGAGAAAGGGAAGCACGAAAUGAUCGGAGCGGAGAUGAGAGAGAACGACCACAUCGCCUGCGUCUUGGAUCAGUGUCAGCAGAGGGACAGGCGCGAGCUCCAGAAAGCCAUCAGCGAGUUCUGGCAGACCUUCCAGAAGCCCGAGAGUCGCCGGGAGUUUGACCUCUCUGACCCACUGGCCCUAAAGAAGGACGUUCCGGCCCACGUGUCUGACCAGGAUACCUCGAACACCAUCUCCGGGCUGCAGAAAUUCAUGGGGGAGGACCUGAACGCUAAGGAAAGGAAGAAGGCCCAGGAGGAGCAGAACCGGGAGUGGGCCCUAGAGCAGCAGAGAAUGUGGAACAACGCGCUGGCUGACCACAGAUUUGCAGAGGACAUCUUCACCAAGACCAGGCUGGAAUUUGACCAGACCGCCAUGAACCUUCAGAAGUUGGAGCUGGCCACUAAACGUGUGGUGUGCGAGACUGUAAAGGAUUUCAACAAAAGCCAGAUGCUGGAAGUCACAGAAAGGAAAAGGCGUGAGCACAGACAAGAGGAGGAAGACAACAUGGCUGAGAUCGCCAGCACCCUGCAGAGCGACUUCCUCUCUGAGAACCCGCAGCAGGCGGCCAGCUCCUUUGGGCCACACAGAGUGGUCACGGACAGAUGGAAGGGCAUGAGUAAGGAGCAGCUGGACAAGAUCCAGCUGGUUCAGAAGCAGCAGAUCCAGGAGAAGCAGAGGCUGCAAGAGGAGGAGAGGCAACUGGACUUCGAUUGGGACCGGCAGCAAAUCCAGGCAGCCAGAGCCAAUCUUCUAUUUGAGAGGCAGCAACAGCGACUCAACCGGGAGCUCCGCCGGGCCAUGGAUAACAAGAACUUGAACUUGGCUCGAGAACAUAAAGACAUGCAAGAUUAUCUCAAGGAGCAAGUCUACCUUAGUUACCCGGCCGCACAAUAUUUCACACAAUUUAAUACAACCAGUAAAUGAGGAAGAAGACGCAGCCACUGAUUUUCUGGAUGUCUCAAGAGAACUUGGUUUUGCAUUGGAAAAAAAUAAAAGCCGCAGAGGCUGUCAGGGACUGA